AAAUUAAAGAAAACCAUCGUGGACAAUUUUAUUCCGAGAAGCAUUCGCAAAGAGAUUGACCAAAGGAUGCGAUAUGACUCAAAGAAGGACGAAUACUUUGUGGAACCCACAAAAAACUGCAGUUUUACUCCACGAAAAGUUGACAGAAUGUUACAGUUCCCAAUGUUUAAUCUCACUCCCUUUCGUGAUCUGCAACCUAUGGACAACACUUUCUUCACGAAUGAGAAUGUGCUUCUACUUUCUCCUAACGCUUCCCAUUGGCCAGCCAAAGAUUUCGUUCCAGACAUUUUAAACCCUAGAGUGGACUCUUUGAUUAAAGCUGCUGUCAAGGACAUGAACAAUACAAUCAUUAUCAACUGCGACCAUAAAUGCAACAAGUCGAGACUUGUUGAUUCUCCUUCGUAUACUGCAAUUGGUCCAACGCUGCUCCUAAGAAACAUACGAUCAGACAGAUUUGUCGACUUUGCAGUGGUUUCGUCUGAAAUCAGCCUUCCAAGUGGUUCCAAAAUAUUUCAAAUUCAGCUCCCCCUAAGAUCACAAAAUGGCGUAAAGUACACCCAGCAACAACUUAUGGCAUUCCCUUUAUGCAAAUACUCUGCACAAGGAGAGAUAUCCUUCGAAUCAAACCGUAAAAGUAAACCAAGCUCACUUCUCUCAAGUCUAUACUAAAAUCAAAGCAUAUGA